AUGCUGGUCAAUCUAGUUACGCCCAUAGACUUCACUUCCAAGAGUAAUAAACCAGCCCAGCGGAAAUCUACAGUCUCCGCGUCGUCAGACUCUGUCGAUCCCGUCACCCGCACCACUAUUUCUCUCGAAUUCGCUUCAUUAGGUCACCGCGACCAUUGUCCGCUUGGAAUCUACAUUCUCCCCUCACCAGACACAAUCACAGUUUGGGAUGGUGUCUUCUUUGUGCAUCAAGGCUAUUUUGCGGAUGCUGUCUUCAAAUUCCGGCUCACAUUCCCGUCCACAUAUCCAGAAAAUCCCCCCCCAAGUCAAAUUCUCUUCGGACGUAUUCCACCCGCUUGUGUCGCCCAACUCAGGCACCUUUAAUCUUGCGCCAAGAUUCCGUCCAUGGCGGUAGUAAUAUUUUAACCUUGAUUGGUCUUUACGGUGGGUAACAUAUCAACAGACCCAAAGAACACCGCGUCUUCGACGUGCUUCAUUGGAUAAAGGCGGCCUUCAAAAAGCAUGCCCUCGAUGCAAUCAAAGAGUCGGAUUGCUUGAACAAGGAGGCUUUCAGGUAAGCUGAGCUAGCUCCAAUCCGAUUUCAACUAAAUAAUGCGCCUUAGACUGUAAGCAGGCAUAAGGUCUUGCGUUGGGCUAUAGCUAGCUAACGCGCAUAGCAGAUACCACGAGUCAACCUCUUCAUUUGCCAAUCUCGCCUCUCAGUCUUCCUUGCUCUCACAAUCAGCACCCUCCUUGUUCGACCGGGAUCGAACAACAAGCAAAGGAGCUCCUCGUGAUGCUCUGCCGUUUGUCGAACUUUCUUCAACCCAAUUAUCCUCUCAGCGCACCAGAAUGGGCCUGAAGGAGUGGCCAGAGGUCGAGGAACAACCAUAGCAUUACAAAUUGGAUAGAUAAACUAAGAAGGAAUUCUAGGAUUAUAUGGGACUUGGCUAA